AUGGCGCAGAUUGGGUCUUUGAUAGUUACUGCAUUUGCUGAAUCAGUGCCUGCUGCUCUCUGCGGAGUUCUGCUGGCAUCAUUCUCUUGUGGUUUCGGUGAGACAACAUAUUUAGGAUUAGCUAGCCACUAUUCCAAGAACACGAUCUCAACCUGGUCUUCUGGAUCUGGGAUGGCUGGCGUAGCAGCCACAUUUGCCUAUGCAGCGCUGACUGAUGUCAAUCUUCUCGCCUUGACUCCUUCAAAAGCUAUGCUAAUCAUGCUUAUCGUUCCCAUUUUAUUCACAUUUUCGUGA